GCAGUGCGGUCAUACUAAUUGCAUUUCUUUUUGGGAGGGGGCGUUAACUUGCGAAUUAAUGACUGUAACUAACUAAAACACCAACUAAAGGCCCCGAAAUGGACUCCACUGCCACUCGCACGCUGCCUUUUGUGUAUAAUUACAAAAACCAUGAAGGCCAAGACUGCGAAUCUCGGCUGGACAUCACUUUUCCCUUCGAUCAAGAGAAUUGGAGAUGCGUGACCCAGUUGAUGGCUCCUUCCCAGAUGGAUCCUAUGAUGCGGUAUCUGGACGAGAAUAUCAAUCUGGAAAAGCAGCUGCAGGAGUUCGUGGACACGGAGCAACAAAAGUUUCUGGAUGAUCAUGCUGAAAAGCUGCUCAAUCAGGCGGCCAACGGGGAACUGGACAUCGAGGUCAUUGUGCGGGACACCGAGAGGCUGUACAAGGAGGAACUGCUGCAGUUUGCCGAUCGCGUUGGUCCCAGCGAUGCGGAUAUAUUCGCCCAGAGUUUCCACCGGCUGGUACACUCCUCCUCCCUGGAGGACAUCCUCAAGCGGGAGCGAACCUAUGCCAAGGUAGUGUCCGACAUGACAGAGCACAUGGACAGCGAGGUGGAAACUCUGAAUAACUCGCAGCAGCAGGAGAUGGACAGCCAGAUCAAUCAGUUGGACAUCACCACCACUUCGGAGGAUAUCAACAAUCUGCUGGCCCAGCAGUAUACCACACAGAAUUUCGUGCGCAAGCGUUACGAAUCGGAGCUGGAGGCGAUGAUGGGUCAUCAGAAGAACGAGUACCGGGAUUGGAUCACCAGCCAAGUCAGUCAGAUGUUUCAGGUAUCGCCGGUGGCAACGCCGCUGGGCAAUCGCUCCUCGAUGUUCGUCUCGCAACAGCCUUCGAUGGAGGAGAGCUUCACCAUUCAUCUGGGCUCCCAGCUGAAGCACAUGCACAACAUACGCAUCCUCAGCGCCAAUGUGACGGAGCUCUGCAGUCCACUGCACGCCGAGGAGAGUCUCAAUGGUCUGAACAUGGCUCUGGGUCUUUACUCCAGUUCCCUGUGUGGCGUCGUCGUGUUGACCCCUUCGAUUCAGGCUCAGGCCAACAAAAAUAUCAUCAAGAAUGCGAACAAAUCCACCGAAUUUCACUUUGAGCAAAUCGAUGUUCAGCUGGAGAAGAUUGAAAAGCAGAUUAAGAAUCUGAGCACUGGGGAUUCGAGUGAGAGCAAUAGCAACAGUAGUGCCGAGGGCAGUGCCACAUCCUCGCCGACCAAAAAGAGCGUUCCCAGACUGAAAACGGGUGACUUCUUCAUCACCAAGCACUCGAAUCUCUCGCAAACACAUGUAAUUUUCCACCUGAUCUCGGACGAACCCAUCAAUAGUCCCAGUGAGAUCAACUCGCGGCAUCCGGUGAUCUUGGGCCUGAGGAACAUACUGAAGACGGCCAGCAGGCAUGAUAUAACCACUCUGACCAUUCCACUGCUGCGCCAUGAGAUGAGAGACAUGACCGUCCAGUGGUGCAUCCGCAGAGCAGAGCUGGUCUUCAAGUGUGCCAAGGGAUUUAUGAUAGAAUCUGCAUCUUGGGGAGGAGCGAAUUGAGGUUUGUUAUCAAAGUAUUGCAAUUUGGUUAGUUUUUAAUUGAAUUGCCAUUUCAGCACCUUGCAAUUGCUACUGCCUGAUGACAUAUCGGAGAGCUUGUUCACCACCCUGGCGGGAAUGGUGCCCAGUGUUUUCCAUGUGGCCAAUCCCAAGAUACUUGUGGACACCAGCAAGUAGUCAGCGAACACAUUCCUCAAAGAAAGACUUUAAAAUUAUUUGUAUGAAUAUACAGUUUAUUCGGAUUCAGAGUUAUAUAUGUAUGUAUAUGCUUCGUUAUUCGUCGCUUCGCUCAAAAAGUUGUUAUUUUUUAACUUCAACACACUCAGAAUUUUCUGUAAAUGUUCCUGUAUCAAUUUUUGUCAAUAAUUCAUCGCAACCUUUUUCAAAACUACUACACUACGAUGUAUAAGUACAUAUUCUCAUAUAUAUAGUUAUAUGUUAGGUAUAGGUAUCAUGUGUAUAUUACUUCCAAAUGUAAAUGUUUAUCUUUGGUUUCGACCCCUCAUGCAUUUUUCGUGUAGUGUGUGUAUCUCUGCGGAUUGUAUUUUAGUCUGUUCGGUUAUCUAUUAUGAUUAUAAUAAUGAUACUUUGAAUAACUCUGAUCAUUAA